AUGCCCGAGCAGCUCAGCGUGGCCGAGUUCUUGGCCGUCACCGGUGAAGACCUCAGCUCCCCGGCCUCCGUCUUCGCCUCCAAGAUGCAAAAGUGCCGGGGGGCGGUGGGGGCUCUGGAGGAGAGCCUGGACGGGGACCAAGCCGUGCUCCAGAGGAUCAGGAAAUAUGUGAAAGCCAUUCACAGCUCUGGGCUCACCCAUGUAGAGAACGAGGAGCAGUACAGUGAGGCCCUGGAAACCUUUGGCAACAGCCACCUGUCCCAGAAUAACCAUGAGCUCUCCACAGGCUUCCUCAACCUGGCAGUCUUCACCCGUGAGGUCACUGCACUCUUCAAGAACCUGGUGCAGAACCUCAACAACAUUGUCUCUUUCCCCCUGGACAGCCUGCUGAAGGGACAGCUGAAGGAUGGCCGCCUGGAAUCCAAGAAGCAGCUCGAAAGGGCCUGGAAGGAUUAUGAGACCAAAGUGGGGAAGAUGGAGAAGGAGCGAGGCCGCGGGGCUGGGGUCAGCCAGGCGGAGACAGAGGCAGCCGAGGACGUGCAGAGGGAGAGGAGACUUCUGCAGCUCCACAUGUGUGAGUACCUGCUGAAAGCCAGCGAGUCUCAGAUGAAGCAGGGCCCAGAUUUCCUCCAGAGCCUCAUCAAGUUUUUCCAUGCUCAGCACAAUUUCUUCCAAGAUGGGUGGAAGGCUGCCCAGAACCUCUCCCCCUUUAUCGAGAAGCUGGCCAUGUCCCUCCACGCACUCCACCAAUCCCAAGAGGAGGAGGUGAAGCAGCUCACCCAGACCCGGGAUUCCCUCCGCAGCAUUCUCCAGCUGGAGAACAAGGAGGAAAACCUGAGCAGGAAGAACUCUGGCAGUGGCUACAGCAUCCACCAGCACCAGGGGAACAAGCAGCACGGCACUGAGAAGUCUGGGUUCCUGUACAAGAAGAGCGAUGGGCUCCGCAAAGUCUGGCAGAAGAGGAAGUGUGGGGUGAAGUAUGGCUGCCUGACCAUCUCCCACAGCACAAUCAACCGUCCCCCUGUCAAGCUGAACCUCCUCACCUGCCAGGUGCGGCCCCACGCCGAAGAGAAGAAGUGCUUUGACCUGGUGACCCACAACAGGACCUAUCACUUCCAAGCAGAGGACGAGCAGGAGUGUCUUGUGUGGGUCUCAGUGCUGCAGAACAGCAAGGACGAAGCCCUGAGCAAUGCCUUCAAGGGGGACCCCAGUGGUGGGGCGGCAUGCGGUGUGCAGGAGCUGACCAAGGUGGUGAUCAGCGAGGUGAAGAACAUGCCAGGAAACAAGCAGUGCUGUGACUGUGGGGCCCUGGACCCCACAUGGCUCUCCACCAACCUGGGCAUCCUGACCUGCAUCGAGUGCUCUGGGAUUCACCGGGAGCUGGGUGUGCACUACUCCCGCAUCCAGUCCCUCACCCUGGACGUCCUCAGCACCUCCGAGCUGCUGCUGGCGGUCAGCGUCGGGAACAGUCGCUUCAAUGAGAUCAUGGAGGCCACGCUGCCCACACAGGACUGCCCCAAGCCCUCGGCCAGCAGUGACAUGGCUGCCCGCAAGGAGUUCAUUGUGGCCAAGUACAUGGAGCGGCGCUACGUGCAGAGGGGGUCCCGCGAGGACCCUCACCGCCUCUGGGAGGCCAUUCAUGCCCGCGACCUCCUGGGCCUGCUCCAGGCCUUUGCAGAGGGUCAUGACCUGGCCAAGCCGUUGUCCAGCCCUGAGGGCCAGGACCUUGGCGAGCUGGCACUGCACAUGGCCGUGCGCCAUGCUGACAGAUCCUCCCUUCCUCUGGUGGACUUCAUCAUCCAGAACGGGGGGACACUGGACCGGGCGGCGCAGGACGGGAACACAGCCCUGCACUACGGAGCUCUUUACAACCAGCCCAACUGCCUCAAACUGCUUCUGAAGGGCAAAGCUACCUUCACCACGGUGAAUGCAGCAGGCGAGACGGCUUUGGAUGUGGCACGGAGGCUCAAGCACAGCGAGUGUGAAGAGCUGUUGGAGCAGGCACAGGCAGGGAAGCUCUCCUUGCAGAUCCACGUCGACUUCGACUGGGAGCCCCCUCAGGAGUUCCCCUAUGAUAGUGAGGACGAGCUGGAGGAGAAGGUGAGCCCCCUCCAGCGCUCCUUCAAGGGCACAUCCCCAUUGGCCACCAGCCCCCUGCCCACCUGCCCCCAGAGCCGCUGGAGCUGCAUGGGGAUGGACAUCACCAACAAGACCUACGAGAGCAUCCUGGUGCCCUCCCGCCCCAUUCCCCGCCGGGCCUACAGCGAGGAGAUCCCCCCCCCACUGCCCCUCAAGAACCCCACACGGGGUAACUCCCGUCCCAGAGCCAGCCACAGCCCCACUGAGCGCCCAGAGCUCCCCCGGCAGGCAUCAGAGCCUCAGUUCUCCAGUCCGGUGGAGGCUCCAGCACUCCGCAGCCUUCCCUCCACCCUGGACGCUCCCCUCGGCCCCCCAGCCGCUGGCGCCCGCAGCCCCCCCGAGAGCCGUCGGGCAGCAUACUGGGAGACUCGCUCUGAGGCGGAGAGCGGCGGCGGCCGGCGCGGGGCGGAGCUGAGCCCCCCUCCCGGGCAGCCCCCGCCCGGCAGCACCGCCCCCGACAUCCCCCCUGUCAAAUUCGGCUCGGAGAGCACUCGCUCCUACCGGCGCAUCAGCGGCGCCGUGAGCAAGGCAGGGCUGGCCCCACAGAGCCCUGCGGGCCCCGAGGACCCCGCCUUGAGCAAGGUGCCCCCCGUGCCCAUGCCCAGGAGAUUUGCUCCGGCCAAGGGGAGGCAGAAGCGAGUGAAGGCAGUGGCUGACUGCAAGGGGGACAAGGCUCGGGAGCUGACGUUCUGCAAAGGGGAGGUGAUCGUGGUGACGCGGGAGGAGGACGAGCAGAGCUGGGUUGGCUUCAUCGAGGGUGACGGCUCCCGCACCGGGGUCUUCCCAGCCAGUUGUGUUCACCUCUUGCAGGACUGA